AUGGCGUUUGGCUUUGCUGAGAGGGGUAUCAAGGUAUCACUCUGGGAUGCAAACGCUGAGAAUGUUGAAAAGGUGAUGAACAAAGUCGAAGGAGAAAGGGGAGUGCAGGAGAACAUACGACCAUUCCGCGACAUCCAUGAGUUCGUUAAAAGCGUUGACGUAGCAAUCGAUCAGGACGGACGGGGUCGUCGACCCUUCAUAUUCUCAAUCACCCAUGGCUGGCCGGCUGAUUGUGUCCUGGCCUCAAUGAUGGAUGAUCUUGAAGAUGGAGACAUCAUACUCGACGGGGGCAAUGAAAACUAUCGAAACACCGAACGAAGACAGGAAGAGGUGGAGAAGCAGGGAGUUAGUUGGAUUGGGAUGGGGGUGUCAGGGGGUAAUCACUCGAUCAGGCGUGGACCUAGCCUAGCGCUUGGAGGCGACUCUGAUGCCAUUCGGGUUGUGAUGCCCCUGUUGAAAGAGUUUGCAGCGCAGGACGCUCGAACCGGUGAAUCUUGCGUGGCGAAUGUCGGAACCAGGGGUGCAGGCCACUAUGUCAAGAUGGUUCACAACGCAAUUGAGAAUGGGAUGCUGUCCACCAUAUGCGAGGCCUGGGCGCUGCUGCACUAUGGCCUGGGCAAAUCAUACGAUGAAAUCGGUGAUAUAUUUGAGAACUGGAACACUGAAGGGCCCUUGAGGAAUACGUUCCUCAUCCAGAUAGGGGCCAGUAUCUGUCGAGAAAACAAGAAAUCAUCUGGGGAGGACGCCGGCAAGAAACAAGCGGGCGACAAGCCCAACCUGCUCGAUAACAUGUCUGAUGUAGUAGGGCACGGAGAUGAUGAUGACACUGCUGGCACAUUGUAUUGGUCUGUUAUGGAAGCUGCAGACCGGCACGUCUCUUGCCCCAGCAUCGCAGCAGGCCAAUUUCUCAGAGUUUCCAGUGUGAACAGGAGACAACGACUCAGAGUGGCUCAGAAACUAGGUAUUGCACCGCCGAAGAAGCUCACGCAUAUCCAUGAUGUCCCGACAUUCAUCGAACAGCUUCGAGACGCAGCGUACGUUUCCAUCCUGGCUUCAUUCUGUCAAGGACUCGAGCUUAUUGCCCGUGGAUCCAAGGAUGAGAAAUGGAACACAAAUUUAGGGGAUUGUCUGAAGAUCUGGCGGGCUGGUUCCAUCAUCCAGGCAGAGUACAUAUCAGACCUGCUGAUGCCGGCCUUGACAUCUGGAGCUCACAUAAUGAACAUGAAGCUAGUGGAUGAAGUUGCUGAUGCCAUGAACAAGAAUUUUGAUCCCCUGAAACAGGUCGUCUUGAAGGGAACCGAGUCUGAUGCGUAUAUACCUUCCUUGUCUGCGAGCUUGGAGUAUCUGAAGUAUGAAGGAGCCAAAAUGCUACCAACGCAGUUUAUGGAGGCAGAGCUGUCUUUCUUCAAUGCCCAUCGUUAUGAAUGGCCGGGUAUCAGGGGGUAG